AUGGACUUCCUUAACAGCCCACCAGAAGACCCCGCCAAGUUCAAACGGCAGGUCCUAGAAUACAUAAUUAAAUCGGACCUGUCCUACGAAUCCGUCACAGGCCGGCAAUUCGAGAGCUUGUGUAGGUACGUAGACGAGCGGCGCUUCUUCGACCGCGUGCUGUUUCCCCAGGGCGGUUGGAUGACCCGGGACUGGCUCAUCGACGCGUACGGUGAGAUCAGACCUAACUUAGAGCCUAAGUUGUUACCAAAGGGUGAUGAGAUCAUUAGGAAGUGGAUUGUGGAGAAGCAUGGGGAAGAGCGGAAACGGAGGGUGGACUCAGACGAGGAGGAAUAA